ACAUUUGCUAAAUCUCUCGAUACAAUAAAGAAAUUAAAAAAAAUACAUACGAAUAAUAGCUAGUACUUUAUUACUACUGAGAAAAUUAAUUUUCGACGAGCAAGUGAAGUUUCGUUCGGCUAAAAAUGUCGCGUCGAGUCGUGCAUUUGACCGCCGCAGUAGGAACGAAAGGUAUUUCCGACGGGAGCGCUAACUGGCGGCCGUGAACGUCAUUACGGCGCCUUGCGUGCGUCGAGUCUCUGUGCCGCACACACAACGGAAUAGGUGGGGAAAACGGAACUACGUGAAUUCCGUGGUGCGCGUAAUUCCAGCGAAAAAGCGAAGCCUCGCAUCGUCUCGCACGUCGUACACGAUCGAACUGCGAUCGGGGGCACGCUUGCACGUGGUAUCGGAGAACGCGGGGUGAGAUUUAACGCCGUCGUCGUGCACGGGCAAGUGGGUGGACGACGAGUGGCGCGUCUGUGAGAACGAGGCUCUCCUUGGUAAGCGUGACGUAAUUGUAUUGAUCGCGCGGCGGCGGAAGGGUCAGAAAGUCGCGCAUUCGCCAUCUUGGACGAAUUGGUGGAAAAGAACGUUUCUCGGUGUUCUUCCCGUAGGCGCGGUGCAGCCCUCGGCGAGACAGCGCUGGGAAUCCGCAGCGAUCCGUGCGUUAUUUUAGUUUCACUGGGAGUUAACCCCAUUGUGAACUGGUAACCCAUUUGGACGGACCAAGACAAAGGGUUCGUUCUUUGGGUCUGAUUGGUACUAAAUGGUUGCGUGCAGACAGCAUGUCUACUCUGUCAGGGAUUGUGUCGAAGGGGGAGAAAGGAAAAUCCAAGUUUCAAUCACUAGAUAUCAAUAGCUUGUACCGGGUGAGUAGGGGCGAAUCUUUGGAACCACAUCAGCAAAAAAAUACAUUACCGCGAAAACAUGGUAUGCAAAGUCUUGGAAAGGUGCCUUCGGCACGGCGUCCUCCUGCUAAUCUGCCCAGUUUAAAAAGCGAAACUAGCAACAGUGAUCCGGCUGUCAGUCUUGUGCCAAGUGGAGGAAGCGGUUGGGCUACUACUAAGGACUCGACAUCGUCGACCACUACUACUACUACAGUAGCGACUUCACUUGAUAACACUACUACCGUCUCCUCAACAGCACAAUGCGCAGCAGGGACCACUGUUUCAACAUCCCUACAUUCUUUAUUACCGGGACAGCAAAAUGCAGCGCAACCUCCUUUUUUGGAUCAAACAAACAACAAAUCAUCAUGGAGCGCAAUUAUGAGCAGAUCAGGAGACGGUACGCCCAUUGUGGUAGCAGUGGUUGGUUACGCGGGGCUCGUGGGGGGCGCGAAAGGGGGAAGAGGUGCCCUUGGACUGAGUUUCCUCGCCCACCAGUCCCCGCAGUUCCAACACGAGUUUCCCAGUCUGAGCGGACAGCCAUCCGCCUCCGUCUCCACUCAGAGCCAGACUCAACAAUCCUCAACAACACCCAAUGCAAUCUCAGUCGCAGUCCAACAUCACUCGUUACUACAGCAACAACCGUAUUCCCACAACCACUCAGGCGGAACGCCGGGCGCUCAACAACAGUCGAAUCGAGAGUUAAAUGCGCAAUAUGGUCCAGGGCCAAGUCUACGUCCACAAACCGAAGGAAGCUGGAUGCAAGGCGGAAGUCGUACGGCAGGUGGUGCAGCGCCGGCAACACCAGUUGGUCCCGGAAGUGGGAAUACUCCGGGGGGCCAGGGCCUCCCUUUGAAUAUGCCUGCUUCAGGAGGACAUACCCAGGAGGGUCCCGGUGGAGGGCGGCAGAACUUGGGCCAGUCGCCAAACAUGGGCGCGGGCCCGGGAGGCCAGCAUAAUUCCGUGAACAAUCAAGGUUCUGCGCCUGCUUCCGGCACGCAUCAGAUUGGGCCAAAUCUACAUCACUACCGGGGACUUAUCCCGCCGUUUAUGUAUAGAUCAAAUUUCACUGGUGGAUUUCCUCCGCAAUUUUCAUCAAAUCCUGGAUCCAACAACCCCCGCCCCAGAUUUAACUAUCCCAUGGAUCGAUUCCCGCCUCCUCAACGCGAACGCGUAGCUGAGGAGGAAAUACUGACUAGACCCAUCAUUAAGGAAGAAGAUCUUACCCGUAUGGAUGAUAUUUCACGUGACGCAGGAUGGGCCGCGCACGAUGAUAUUGAUUAUAAUCAGAAAUUGGCCUUCAGCGAUGAUGAAACCGAGUCUGAACCAUCGAAAAAUGACGAGAAGAAAGAUGCCAAGGAGAAAAAGAGCGACGAUAAUGCCGUGGAAGAGAAGGAGAAAUCCCGCGAUAACCGUGACGCUCGAGACAAUCGGGAUUCGAAGGAACUCCGAGAGCCACCGCAUCGUUCUUGGACUCAGCCCUCUAUGAAUCGCGAUUAUCGUGGAUCGAAUGGUGCCAGCGGCGGUAGUUAUUCCACGCAAUCGCAACUGCACUCCGUACAUUCUCUAAGAGGCGUUGAGGAUGACGAGACAUGGAACGAGAGACGUAGAAUAAAAGUUGAGGUCGCGUCUGUCGUCGAGCGCGCGCGGCAGCGUAAGGAGGAGGAGGAAAAGCGAUUCCAAGAAUCAACGAAGCAAGCAGCAGCUAAGAAAUUACAGGACCUGGAACAGAAACUCAAGGAAAAGCAAGCGAAGCACAAGGAUGAGGAACGUGUGCAGUCUGGCGAGUCGAAGAGCCUGAUCACCGUUCCACCUGUGUCUCUUCCAAUACCGGAGUGGGAAAGGGAGAAGGAGAAUAGGGAGCGAGAGAACAGAGAACGAGAGCGUGAGCGUGAACGACCUCGUACCUCGUCCGAAGGAAAAGACGAGAAGCUCGUUUCGGGACGUGACGCUCGCGAUAACCUGAGAGAUGGCAGAGAUCAGGGAUUGACGGACUUUCGUCAGAGUGAUCGACAAAACUUCCUGCGGCAACAGGACGCAGCGCGCGGCGAGCGCGAGAGGGAUCGCGAUCGCGACCAGAGGGACUCGCGGGACCGCGAGCAACCGGCAUUCUCCCGACACUUUCAGAACAAUCUGCCGCCGAGGUUUCAGAAGCAGCAGGCGGAGAGGAGCGGCGCAAAUUUUAACCGGAUUUCACCCAAUGCCGAACGACCCAGUUCCCAGUCCGUUCCGUUUUCGCAACAAUACGAUCCCGGUAGAUGGCUUCACAAUUACAACUCGUUGAAUAGUGGUAUGAAACAGUCCAUGCCACCGCAACGCCGGAGCAGAACCGACUCGGACGCAUCGGCGCCGCUGGACGACGAGCGACCGCCAUCUCGGGAUCAUCGCGGUGCCGCACCGCCUUCACGGGACGACCGCUACCGACAUUCCUCGCAUCGGUCCUACGAUGGCCGCAAGCCGGGUUAUUACGACGAGUAUAAUCGCAAUUUCAGAGAUUACGAGUACGAUGAUAGACAUCCUCGUGACUCUUGGGAGCGCGACAGACACUUCGAUGAUAAGGAGCGGGAUCCGAAAGAGAAUCUCGAUUCGAGAGACAGCCGUGACAUCCGCGACAAUCGGGACAUUCGGGAUAACCGAGACGCUCGCGAUGUCAAAGAUUCCCGUCCUACCAGCCGCGACGCUCGAGACGUGCGCGACCGAGAUGGCAAGGAGAAGAAGGACUACGACAAUUACCAGAAGGAUUCUUUCGACGAGCGAGAACGCGAGCAGAGGGAGCGUCCCGAAAGCUCAGAGUGGCGCGAGGAACGUAACGUGGGGCAAGACAGACAGCUUGAGGGCCGCCGUGAUGCGCCGAAGGAGGAACGUAGUGAACGUCCGCAGAGACCGGACUCGCGCGACAGUCGCGCCUCCAGAGAAUCGAAGACGUCUCUACGCGACGAUGAUUUGCACAAGUUACGCGAUUGCAACUCCUGGGUGAGUGAAGUGUCGGAUUACGAAGAGAAGAAACGAGAUUUGUUGUACCACGAGGAGACUAGGGAGAGGGAAAGAGAUCGAGAUAGAAGACAACCACCCGGACCUGUCACGAAGGAAAAGAUCGAGGCGGAUGAGCUGAAGAACGAGAAGCGCAGCUUGACUCAGCUAAAGAGAGGCAGUUCCGAGCUUCAGGAGAAGAAAGAUCAACCGAAGGAAAGUUCCACGGAGGCUAAGAAGGACAUGGACGUGUGGAACAGAAAAGCGGAACGCGCCUCAGAAAGCAGGCAGAUCGAGAGAGGAGAUAACUCGCCGAAGGCCUGGGCUGAUGCAAUAUCGCCGACUUUUGAAAAGGAAGAGGAGAAGAUGGCGGAAGCGGCCAAAGACGGCAAAGAAAGCGACGAGAUUAAACAGGGCUUGUUAGAUAAGCCAGUGCUGGAGAAAAAAGAGGAAGCGAGCGCCGAGGACGCCAAGGAGCAGAUCAAGGACGAGAAGCGAGAGAAGAAUACGCGCAAUAGAACGAGCAGCGGUUCCAGCGCUCGAGUUCGCGAAACCCGCGGUGGACGCCAGUGGGGUGGUGGAACCUUCAGCGUGUACACUCGCGGCUGGCGUGGUCCGGAAUCACGAGGACGACGAGGUGGUCCACGAUCCACCGGCAAGUCCGGAAUGUCCGUUAAAAGCGGCUCCUACGGACACACUGAUUCCGAGAAUAGCGCGGACGAAGUUUCGGGCUCGACGGAGUCUGGCAAGGAGGACAAGCGCUCGGCGCGCUCGCCCAAACCGUCCCAGAAAAUUGAGAAAGAGGACCGCAAUCGUGAAGCAGCCAGACGAGACGACAAGCGGGGCACCGAGUACCCGCAGGCGCGCAGCGAGAAGAGAACGUACGACGGGAAGCCCAGUCACGAAGCUUUCGCGCCGUCCGGCGAGCCGUCCCGCCGUGGCAGAGGUGGUUUCCGUAUUCGAAAUACGACUACAGGCAGUCGCAUGGAAGGCUACGGGCCGCCGUCCAGCAAGAGUCCGUUCUCGUCGGAACGUAACGUGGACGAGAAGCAUCAACCAAGUACCGGACGACAAAACCCAUCAACGCCGACUUUGGAGAAAGAGGCGAGCCUCUUGCAGUCCACUUCGGUCGAGUCCGCCGACGACAAGAUAAUCGCGAAGCAACAGGCGCUCACCGCGGGUAUCACGGGUAGACGUAACAAGUCCCCGAGCCAACAGACUCAGCAACCCGGCAACAAACAAGAGACCAAUCACGCGAGCCAGGUCGCCAACGUUCCGUCUCAGAAGUCGCAGAUGCGAAAGGACGAGUCGCGUUCCAAGAGAACUCGUAGCGGGAGCAGAAGAGGAAGAGAUAACCGAGAAGCUCGUUCGCGUGGUAGCAGCGGCAAUGUGUCGAAGCAGCCGCAAUCGGAUGUGGGUAAUGAGGAUUGGGAAACUACGUCGGAAAACAGCGAGGAACACAUAGAAGAUCACAAGGAUCCUCGUAACAGUCGCAACAAGCACUUCACUGGACGAUCUAAUCAAGCCGCGAGUCAAAAUGCUAUCGGCGCGAACGUGCAUUCCCGUAGAAACGAGCAGUCGGCGAUUGCCAGAGAGCAACGCGAGAAAAACCCAAAGUCUUCCAAUCCGGCGUCGCGAGCCCCCGGGGCAGAGAAGCGGAAUUUGCAGAACGCUGGAUUUAGCGCGCAAAAGAAUCACGCUGACGGCAUACCGCCUCUGAUGCAAAACGCGCAGAUACAAAACGGAGGACGGUCCAGGAGCCAGAGUUCGACGAACAGCGGUGCGGUCUCGAACAAAUCGAGCAACAAGGACAGCAUGGUGAAUCGUAUCGACGAGAUCAAGCUGACCGAUCCGAACCUCGUGAACCAAGCGCUGAAUGACCUAAACAAGAAAUCGCAAACGAAAGAGAAGAAGUUGAUCGACUCGGAGGUUGAAGCGAACAACUGCUCCGAGGACGCCACGAAUCCCGCGGAGGAUAAGGUGGACGCCGAUGGCUUUCAGGAGGUGCGCUCGAAGAAGAACGUAAAGGAAUCCCGACACAAUCAGAAGGAGGAGACGAAACCUGUCAAACGGGACAAGGAGAAGGAGCGUGAACGCGAUCGCGAUCGCGAUCGUGAGCGCGAUCGUUCCAAGUCGAAAUCGAAUGGGUCACAGCAGGUGCUGCAACAGGUGCAGAAUAUACCGCCGCUGUUGGGCCAGAAUAUCCCGCAACCGGCGAACAUACCGCAGAAACAAUACGAUAACCGAAACUCCCGGAAUCCGAGGCUCGCGCCGCGAUUUCAGCGUCUGGUGAAGCAACAGCAGCAGCAGAUGUGCACCACCGACGCGAACGAAAUGAACAAGCUGAACAGUUCCGGCAGCAAUUACGCCAAGGACUCGUCCAACAGUCCCGCGCCUCCGCCAGCGGUGAACGCCUGGGACAAGCCUUUCACUAGCCAAUUGCGCUCGAAUUCUCCGUCCGCAGUUCCUACAGAUAUUCAGCUGAUGUCCGGCCUGACGGCUCAGAACGAUCACAGCCAUGAGGGUAACGAGGCGACCUCGGGGCACAGCAGCCAACGGAAUUCUCCCAGCGGCGAGAAGACUGGGAAGAACCUGAAGGAAUCUCUCACGGAGAAGAACGUAUCCGACGUGUCCUCUCCUCCCGUGCAGACUCUGAUCUUCGAGAACACUAAUUACUCCAAGACCACCAAGACGAGCGGACCGGCGGAUCUGGCGGUGAAGUCCAAGUUCUCGAAUCACAUCAAGACGCAGCAGCGCGCGGAGAAACGCACUGAUCUCGAGGAGGAAGGCAGUCAAGUGCAGCAGCACCAGCAACAGGCGCUCUCGGUCGCGUUCUCCAACAAGCCGAACGACCUCAUUAAGGAUAAGAAUCAAGAACCUAUCCAGAUGCCUCUGUCGUUCAACAAGAACGAGGACAACGCCGACAUGAAGUUGGACUUCACGUUCGACUCCGAUCUUACACAGCUGACGGAGGACAAGAACAAGAGUUUAGGCAUGACGCGUUCCAUGCACAUGGCUAGCGGCCAAAGCACGAUAUCGCCGUCGACCGCGGAGCUGAAUCUGAAGAUAGCGUCCGUGAAGAAGGUCUGGGAAAACGCACCCCCGAUGCCGACCGUGGUCGAGCACGAGGAUGGCAACGUGGUCAGCAGUGCAACCAGCUUCCCGCAGGCGUUCGAGAGCGGCGAUGUCGAUGACAGUUACGGCCCUCACCAGCAAUACAAUCAGAACAAUAUGAAAAGUGAAAUCACUACGUCCACAAACGUGUGCAAGCUGGUUCCCCCGCAGGUGAAGCCGCAGCAACAAUCUUCAGGAAGCGGUGGUACGCAACCUGGUUCCACUGUGCCCGGGCCAAGUCCCAUCGGAGCUGGUCAGAGUCCUAUCGGCCAUCCUCCUGUUAGUCUUCAGGGUCCCUUAAGCCCACCUCCGUUCAAUUCCACAGGCCAACCUUCACAUAUUAACUACCAGGAAUUCCCGCAGUAUCCUGGUUCACAAGCGGCACAGUAUGGUGGCAUGUCCGCCAUACCGUCGCCACCGGCAGUGUUGUUCAACACGGGCUCGGGACAAUUGCCUGCCCAAGCGGGCGGUUUAUACGGAGCGUUCCAACUGGAUCAAAGCCGAUCGCCGUUCACGCAGUAUCCGCCGUACGCCCCGUCUCUCCAGAGCUCGUUCAGCCAACAAAACAUGUACUUGCAGCAACCGCCUCCGCCGCCACCUCACGCGCCGAACGCUCCGACGCCAGAGAUGUAUCAGAGCAAUUUAUCCCAAUACCGCAUUACUGCGGCAGCUGCUCCACCAUUCGGACAGAACCAACAGCUGAGUAACAAUCCCAAUACGGUACUGAUUAGUUCAUCGUCGAAUUCCUUGAUGUCAGCAAGCGUGAAACCGUCAUCCCAACCGAUUGGAGCUAUCGGAACCAAAGCUCCACAUUUCCAGACGCCAUCUGCUCCUCAACCCAAUCAGUUGACUUAUAUACCGUAUGAUCCGAACCAAGUACUCGGCGUGAGUGGUAGUUAUAUGGGAAAUUCGCAAUUAGUGCAGAGACCUGGUCCAAAUGUUCAAGCAUCUGCCAAUAGUUAUUACAGCGCUACGUCUGCAGAUGUAUUUCCGGGAUCACAAACGGGUUUCUAUCAGUCCGGCGGUGCCACUCAACAGACUGGAACCCAUUACGGUCUGCAGGGAUUUGGCCAGCACAGUCAAAGUCUGGCAACGGGUAGCGCGACCCCCGUCGGUCUGCAGAAUUAUGGCCCCAGCUUUUUGUCCAGCUCGGGAUUGCAAAUAGCAGCGGCUGCUCAACAAUAUCGCAAUCCCACUGGUGGCUUACCGGGCCCGGGGAACGCAGCCCCCACGUUUCUCAACAAACACCAACCGCAGGAACAACCCAGACAAUUGAAGAGCCCAUCGGGAAAUCAGCAGGACGUGCUUGCAUCAGUUUUCAGCUCCACUCCUCAAAUACCGUCACCUAAAUCGAGAAAUUGCAAGCAGCAAUCAUCGUCGCAACAACCGCAGCCUAGCCCAACGCAGCAUCACAAGUAUCAACAAUAUCAGGGCGUUAGUCAGUCUGCUCUGGUAAGCAGCUACAGUAACUACGUUUUACAGCAAAAUGUCCGCGGAAUGGGCAUGCCGCCACGUGCGGGUAUUCAGCCGUCGCAGCAGCGUUACCCACCUCCGAUACAGCGACCCGUAGUACCAUUCGCGCCAGGUCCCAACCCGAACAAUCCCACGCAACAGCAGCCUACGUGUAUGCCGACGCAGCAGCAACAGCAGGCCCAGAUUAAUCGCCACCGACCGAAUUUACACCAGCAGCAGCAACAGCAGCAGCAGCAACGCAACAUGAAGAUGCAACAGCAAUAUUACUCGUCGCAAGCAAACGUUAAAAUGGAUUCAAGCGACAAAGCCGAUAACCACAAUGACAAGAUGAACGAUGGCCCAUCUGGAACGCAGCCCGGAGGUAACAAGUCCAAUGUGAGCCAGCAAGACAGUGAUAACAAUAAGGAAGAAGUGAAUCAGCAAAACGAGUGAAUAUACGUGCAUAUACGUGACGGUGAACGCACUUGCUCUUCCAUACAUGGAAAACAAAAAUGUCUGUUCUUGAUUAAACCUUUCAUAUAAUCUCGUCGAAAAAAAUAAGAGCAAAGAGACUAUAACAUGCUUUUCUGUUCUUCGAGAAAAAAAAAGAGAGAGCAGUGUCACGUGGAAUUGGUAUGUUGGUUUAUCUACGAAAUCACGUGUUUAUAUAAUCGACUAGCAGUUAAAUAGAUGAAUUAAAAGAAAUCUGAUUUUUCGUGCUGUAUCGAGAAAGAAAAAGAACUUGUAUAGGAAAGUAACAUUAUUUAUAGGCACCUCUCCUGUUCUUUAGUUCUAACAAGCAUAAACUUUUCGCCUUUACGAAGCCGGAAAGACGUUUAUUAAGCAUUUCCAUUUAUUAUUAAAUAAUGCCGAAUGUACGUGGACAUAUUUAAGAAUGGCAAUAAGUUAAUCACGAACGCUAAUUCAUACCACUAUAUUACAAGAAGCUCGAGAUGAAGUGACAUAAUUAAAUUGUUGUCAUGUAACGUUUGAAUACUUGACUGACUCGAAGGAAGAACGCGUCGUCGUCGAAUGGAAAUGAAAUGUUAAAUCGAUCGAUCGCAGACGCGAACUGCAUAAAGAAACGUUCUGCGUCGCAUUGCAUAAUGAGUCACUUCCGUGAGAGCGCCGUUUGCGGAAAGUGAAGCAAAAAAAAAGAAAUUGUACGAACUUUUAAGUAUGUGCGCAUACACAUUUCUCUCUGUAAUUCAGAUCAAGAUCGGUCUGUGGUAAAGGAUAUAGUACACGUCCUGGGACACACGACACAUGAUAUUUUGAUCACGUCACAGAGAAAGAGAGAGACGGAAAAAGGAAAGAGAGAGAGAGAGAGGAAGAGGAGUGCAAUUAGCGAAAGGAAGUUACGAUUAUUGCAGUUUCGCACUGUAGCGUCGAAAGAACUGAAACACAAGCGGACGGGACAGAAACUCCUCCGUUUAACCGAACAAUAAAGAAAAAGAAAAAAAACAGAAUCACCGAUCAGGAUCGUACGAAUCCACGCAUCCCCGACUAAGUCGGCUCCUAUUCGUUGCGACACGGGGAGAAGCUCCAUGUAUAUUGGUCAUUUUGUCGAUGACGCGAGAUCACGGUGAAGCUUGUGCGGCAAUAUGGAAAACUGUUGUUUAUAGGUAUCGCACAAGGUCAUCAUGAUCUAGCUUUACUCACGACGAGUUUCAAUCAUUAGAUAUAUAAGGUAAUCGCUUGUGAAGCGUGAAAAGUCCGUACGGAUAUUAUAUCGUCGCGACUUCUCGCGCUUAGAAAGAUUAUGUUGGAUCAACCGAAUCGUAAUCUAAACUACUAUUAUCGCAACGUACGAAAAGGAUUGUAUAUUCUCUGCUUUCGUUGCAGUUAAAAAACAAAGUUUUGUUAUAAAGAUAAAGCCCAUGAAAAUAAAUAGUAGUAUUCACAGGAGUCUAUCGUUGCCAGAUUUAUUCAGCAAAGAUAGCACGGCCAUGUCCAUCUCGCCUGGCCUUUCCGAAAGAGAAUCCAGGCGUUGUUGAGAUAGAACGCGUUAACUGUCCAGAAAAAUAUGAUACUGCCAGUCGUACUUGACGACCACUCUAUCCUUGAACACUGAAGAAUUUUUCAUGUCGUAUUCGUGAUAUGUCUGUGUGAAUAGCAAAAUAUUUAUUAGAGAAAGGGACACUCGACACACUUGUAGGCUUGUUAAAACAGAAAACGAAUUUAACACUUCGAUAUGAAUCUAGAGAACCGAUUAGAAAAAAAAGAAAUAAGACGAUAAUACGGAUAUCUUACUCACUUUCAUUCUGCAUAUCUUUUUCUCGGAAGCAUUGAGAAUUUAAGAAUUAAUGAAAAUGUGCUAAGAAGAUGAGUGUAAUGUAAAUUGAUAUAUCUAUAAUGGCCAAGCCGCACGAUGCUUGAAUUAGAGAGAGAUGAGGCUACAAUUCCUUUCGUGUUACGAAGAGAUGAAUCCUCGGUGAGGUCUCAUCAAACGGCGCGGGCAAUGUAUACAAUAUUUAAAAAAAGAAGGGUUCUCAAGAACACACAGUAGUAAAGCUUCUCUGUUAUGUUACGGUCUUAAUUCUCCAGUACCUGUACAACAUACUAUUGUAAUUUAUAUUUGUUAAUAAUGCCAUCAACGUAUGGCCGAUACGUGAGAUACUCAUACGCUUUCGCGUAAACACAUUGUAACUUCGUCGUCGGUUACAAUGUAUUUACCUUUAAAAAAGAAAUGCAUUAACGUUAACACGCGUUCACGUGUAACAACUGAUCGUGUCAGCGUGUUAUACAUCAUGUACUGGAGAACCAAGCUAUUCUAUCGUAAGAGCAUUACUACCGCGAUGGCUAUUACCACUUCGAUCGUUAGCAUCUCUUCAGCUGAGCUAAACCAUCAUCGUCAAGAGCAUUGUAACAGUAGUAUAGGAGUAGAAGUAGCAGUGGUAAUAGUUGUUGGUAUCUGCAGUAGGCCUGAUGGUAUUAAUGAUAAUAAUGAUAAUAAUGAUAGCUGUAAUAGUAAUAGAGUGUAACCGCAAUGGUAGUAAUAGUAGUGGUAGAACCAGCACCGACAGGAGGUACUAUCAAAUGAUUUGACAACAUUACUCUCUUCUUUUUAGCUUUAAUAGGAUUUCUAUGAUUUUUAUCCUGCUCAUUGGUAGUUUUUAUUUUAUUGCGAGAUUGCAUUGCACAUACUGUAAAGAACUGAUUAUUACUAUUGUAACUAUUACCAUUGCUAUCUGCGACCCAUUGCUACCCUCGCUAAGCAAUCACCGUUACUGUAUCGUUUGUGUCUCGCCUCGGCUUAUAUUACUACGUACCGUUGUCGCUAUUAUUAUCUAUUAUUCUUUUGUAUUAUUAUUACCGUUAUUAUUACCACUACUAUCAGUGAAUAUGUUUGUUACUAUAUUAUUAAUAUCAUAUAUGUCGUCACUUACUACUAUUACUACUGCUCUUGUUAGCACUACUAUUAUUACUAUUACAGUUAUUAUUAUUACUAUUAUUAGAUAGAAGUAGGAUGUCUACUACUGCUACAACUACCGCUAUUACUAUUAAUACGACUGCUACUAUUAUUAUUAUUUUAUAUUAUUUUAAUUAUUUUUAUUAUAAUCAUGACGAAUAUUAUUGCACGUGUACACUCGGUGGAUAAUGAAGGUGAAGAAUGAGAUAAAGAAAAGAGUAAGUAAAUGAAGAAGUAUGGUCAAUUGUGUAUUGGGUAUGUCAUAGGAUAUUCGAUAAAUUUUAUUAAAGAUAUUAAAAAUCUGUUUAGUGACAUUUAUUAUUGUAGCUCAAAUACGAAGUGGAUUUUGUUUAUAUCACGGCAUAUAGAUUUGAGCUGGUGGUCUGUCGUAUCACAACAAAACGAUACUAGAAUACUUGGAAUGAUUUUUAUAACGAUUAUAUUUUAAUUUUUUAUAAAAAUGCAAUAUUGUCCAUAAAAUAUUGUGUCCCUUGCGGUUUCGUGGCUUUAUCAUGUUUUUCCCUCGGUAGACGGGAAGUUAAUUGUUUCUAAUAUCGUCCAGUACGAUUGUUAUUAGUGGCAAUAUGUAAAAAUUGUUGUUUUAUUGUAAAAACGAAGGUUUUCCUUAUGUUAUCCGAUAUUUAAUGUUUUAAGAAAUAACGCGCGAAAAUGUCAAGGUAAUACGACAGACCUCUUCACCCAUCGCAGGGCGUCUGUAAUUAUAAAUGAUCUGUAGUUAGAAAUAUGACAAACAUUGCUUAUACACCUACGUGCUAAAAACGUGAAAAUAAAUUAGUAAACG